UGGCCCAGGGCCACACCACCGCCAUGUCGGAGCUGGAGAAAGCCAUGGUGGCCAUCAUGGAUGCUUUCCACCGGUAUGCAGGGAAGGAGGGCGAUGAGCACAAGCUGAAGAAAGCUGAGCUGAAGGAGCUCCUCAACCACGAGCUCCCCCACUUCCUUGGUGAAAUCCAUGACCAGGAGACAGUGGACAAAGUCAUGGAAGCGCUCGACAGCGAUGGGGAUGCCGAGUGUGACUUCCAGGAGUUUGUGGCUUUUGUGGCCAUGGUCACGGCUGCCUGCCAUGCAUCCCUGGAGCACGAGUGA